AUGACGGUCAUUGAAACCACGGCAGAAUCGGGUCAUGGCAUCGCUGGGAAGACCGACCUUGACAUUGCCGGGGAACGUGACAACUUCCCGUAUGCCGAUUCCAGCAACCCGGAGCCAUUCGGCAACUUGAUGGCCUCGACAUGGACCUUCUUCAUUCCACACUCCCCAAAUCCCUACGGCUAUCUGACUUCAUCCACCGUCGAGAAGAUGCCGUGGACCGCCGACUUCCGGCUCGCCCCCGAGACCGAGGGCGAUACCACUACUUCACGAGCGUGUGAGCUGGCCAUGGCCAAACUGAUUGCCCAGGCCAGAGAAAAGAACUUGUUCCCCGAACCCGGAAAGCGUAGCCGAGAGCUCUAUCCAAUCCUCGGGGCUCCAUACCUCCUCCGCUUUGACCGCAAAGCGCAUGCCUUGUUUGGCAUUGUCACCCGCGGCGUCUACUUGACCGUCUACACACGCGUGGCCGGCGAGAUGCGGCUCUGGAUUUCCCAGCGAGCGCUGGACAGGCCGGUGUAUUCCGGAUUGCUCGACAACUCGAUCGCUGGCGGCGUCGGAGCAGACGAAACCGUGUUGGACGCCCUGGCGUGGGAAGCGGGCGAAGAAGCUGGCCUGGACGAGGGACUCGUGCGUGACGGCGCCAAGGCUUGCGGCACCCUCACCUGGAUCAACAUCAAGGAUGAGAGAUCUGGGAGCCCGGGAAUGCUCCAUCCCGGGAUCCAGUAUAUCUACGACCUCGAGGUCGAGGACCACGUCACUUUCCGACCUGUCGACGGUGAGGUGGAAAAGUUCAACCUGUGGGAUGUCCCCACAACCAGGAAGGCAAUGGCGGAGCGGAAGCCCAAGCCAAGUUGCGCUUUGGUAGUGUUGGACUUCCUCAUCCGCCACGGCAUCAUCACCCCGGACGAGGAGAGAGACCAUGCUGAGAUUGUGUCGAGGAUGCACCGCAGGUUGCCCUUUCCAACUUGCCCUUUCCAACCAGGGGUUGCAGAGUUGAACCAGACUCGCGAGGAGAUGACGCACCCUAGAAUAGGUGCCUGGCUGGCAUACACGCCGGGGUCGUUCUUAUGA